AUGUGCAGCAAAGCCAAUGCUAGCUGUAAAGUGGACAUGCUUCUGGGCUCGGUUUACAGCCCUGUGUUUGUCCUGGGGUUUCUUGUCAAUACCGCGGUCCUGCGUGCGUUCAUGCGACAGGCCUCCUGGACAGACACCCACGUCUACAUGUUAAACCCGGUUAUAGCUGACUCUGCCCUCAUCAUCUGCAUUCCCUUUCGGAUUUACCAUUCUUUUUUCUGCCUGGACAAGACUCUGUUGUUCACCUUCCUUAUUUACAUUCAUUACAUCAAUAUGCAUGCUAGCAUCUUGACCACUACGGCCAUCAGUGUCCACCGCUACUGCACUGUUAGGUUUCCAUUGUGGAUGAGGUCAUGGAGAAGGAAGAAGGAGAUGGCCUUUGCUGUGUGUUUACUCAUUUGGGGAUCUUUGGUGACGAUCGCCGCUGUCUUCCAGAAGGAGAAUUAUCCUAACAAACUGUGGACGUGCUUUGAAAGAUGUGAAGAUCAACCUUUUGCUUUCAAUUUUGUCUUCAUUCUGGUAUUUCUUGGCUUCCUCACUCCUUUAUUGAUCCUAGUUUUUGUUCAAUUCAGAUUAUCAGUAUUGUGUUAA